AUGCCUCAGAAGAGAGAAGUCACAGAUACUUUGUCUUUGUCUUAUCUGUCUUAUCGAGCUUAUCAAGCAAAAGCCUCUACACAGAAAUCAUUCUUCAUUCCAAGAGAUACAAAAGAUAUAACAAAGCUUUCACAAAAAGAUCUUCAAAAUCAACUUGAAAAAAACCUUCGACUUCUUGCAAAUGAGUAG